UUUAUAAAUCGCAACUAAUAACCUUACUUUUGGUAGUUCAUCUGUUUGAUUAUCAUUAGUUUAUUUAUAAAGUUUAACUAAAAUAUUCGUAAUUAGUACGAAAUAUUCAUAAAUAAAGUCCAAAUAUUAGAUAGAACUAUGGCUAAACCCGCUCCAAAAGCUGGCAAGAAAACUAAUGAAGAGAUCUUCGCGGGAUUUCAGAAUCUUCGUGCGGAACAAAGACAGCUCGCAAAUAAAAUAUCUGAAUUGGAAAUGGACCUAAAUGAACACAAGAUAGUAAUAGAGACCCUCAAAGGCGUAGACACGAGUCGCAAAUGUUUUCGAAUGAUCGGCGGGGUGCUGGUGGAGCGCACGGUUGCAGAGGUACUGCCAGAGUUGGAGAGCAACCGGGAGCGGCUGCCAGCCGCUCUGGAGGCGCUUCACAAACAAUUGUCAGAGAAGGGCCAAGAGAUUAAUGAGUACAUAGAGACACACGACAUCAGGGUACAGCGCGGCGACCGCGCGCCCUCCGAGGCGCCCGAACAACCUGCGGCCAAGUCCAAUGUGCUGGUUGCCAGUAACUGAUAGCAAUACUUAGCUACAUAAGUUUGUCAAGAAUUUUAGCUGGGACUGAUUGACAUAAAGAGCUAACUUGAUGACUACAAUUUACAAAACAUACAAGCAGUGCUUGUACCUAAUACUGUGCUAGAAAGUAGUCAAUGCUCAUAUUGAACUGUAGAAAAAGUUCUACAUCAUGAUCAGCACAGCUUGUUAUCACUCAUGCCCUAAUAUUUUUUGCUUGCAUUUUUAAGUUUGCCUGAAAGGAUAAUCCCAUCUCAAAUAAGAUAAUUUAACUACCUAGAUAGUUUAUCAAUAAAUUGUAUGUGGUUAUGAAAUCAAAACACAUGUAUUUUUUAAACAAAAUAUUUAAGUUUAUAUUUGUAAAGUCAAUAUAAAGGUAAUAAUAUAAACUUACAGUUUCCUAACAAAAUACAACAAUUUGCUUUCACAGCUAAUUAAUCUGAACAUACAUUAAAUUAAACUUACUUAUUUAUAACAACCCAUGGAAAAAAAAUAUGUUUAUUAAUAAAUGUUGUGUAAAUAA